GUGGAAAGCAAUUAAUCGCAGGACAGGAGAAAUAGUUGCAGUUAAAAAGAUUUUUGAUGCUUUCAGGAACAGAACAGAUGCUCAGGCAUAGAGUCACAGAAGUGCCCAGUUGGAAAAGACCUGAAAGAUCACCGAGCCCAAGCACAGCCCAGCCAUCCCAGCCCAACUCUAACAGCCCUCUGCUAAAUCACGGCCCUGAGCACCACCUCCAGACGGUUGUUCAACACCUCCAGGGAUGCUGACCCAACCGCCUUCCUGGGCAGCCCAUGGCAGUGCUUCACAGCCCUUUCUGCACACAAGUUCCUCCUGACAUCCAACCUAAACCUACCUGGAUGGAGGAUAUGAUGUCCUAUGGUAUCUGAAUCUGGAGCACACCUAUACUUACCUAACGGAGCAGCUGGUUCUUUUCCCAAGCCUGUCUACUACAUGAAGUUUUCCUCUACCUUAGAAAUGGGUUUAACUUUCCCAUAGGAAGUCCAUGCUCUCUUCUGUCAUUCUGCUAAUGUGAUAAUGGUUUUUUGUUUCUUUCUAGAGAACAUUUCGUGAGAUUAUGUUCCUACGGGAAUUUGGAGAGCAUCCAAAUAUCAUCAAGCUGCUUGAUGUUAUCCGAGCUGAGAACAACAAGGACAUCUACCUCAUUUUUGAGUCUAUGGAGACAGAUUUGCAUGCUGUGAUUAAGAAGGGGAAUGUACUGAAAGACAUCCACAAGUCUUACAUUCUCUAUCAACUCCUGAAAGCCACUAAGUUCAUCCAUUCAGGAAAUGUUAUUCACAGGGAUCAGAAGCCUUCGAAUAUCUUGCUGGAUGCAGACUGCUUUGUGAAGCUCUGUGAUUUUGGGCUGGCCCGGUCUUUGUGUCAGGUGGACGAAGAACAAAGCAGCCCUGCCUUAACAGAGUACGUGGCCACGCGCUGGUACCGAGCCCCUGAGAUCCUGCUCUCCUCCCGGAGCUACACUAAAGGGGUAGACAUGUGGAGCAUUGGCUGCAUUCUGGGCGAGCUGCUUCUUGGAAAACCUCUUUUUCCUGGAACAUCAACCAUCAAUCAAAUAGAGCAGAUCUUGAGGGUCAUUCCUGCCCCAUCCUCAGAAGAUAUUAUGGCUAUGCAAUCAGACUACAGGGCCUCGAUUAUUGACGGCAUGAGUUCCCGGCAGCGGGUAACGUUUGAGGAGAUUCUACCAUCCUCUACUCCUUUGCCUGCCUUAGAUCUUCUGAAGAAGCUUUUAGUGUUUAACCCUGAUAAACGACUGACGGCAGAGGAGGCCCUCCAGCAUCCGUAUGUGAAAAGGUUUCAUUGCCCUGCCAGGGAGCCCUCGCUGGGUCGUGAUGUGAUCCUUCCUUUAGGUGAUGACACUCAGCUGUCCGUGGCAGAAUAUCGGAACAAGUUGUAUGAGAUGAUCCUCGAAAAGAAAGUAAAUAGCCAUCCAAAGGAGCAAAUGCAGAGAGGAGACACUGAACUGGGUCAGUCUCACCCCAGACCAUUCUUUCCAUAUUCCAGUCCCGCGACUUUAACCACCAGGAAGAGCCCCGGAAUGCCAUCACCACCUCUGCCAGAACAUCCGCACACGGAUGCUGGAAGUGCAGCCAGUGUCCUGGCAGAGGUACCCGGCCAGAGCAAAGGCUUCUCAGCAUCUUCGUGUCACAGAUCACAGAUCAGUGUGAUACACAACCCCAUAACACGCUCUGCUGUUCAGAGGAGGUACUGCCAUCACGCAGCAGGUGAUGCAAAUUCUGGUGCUGUGAUCAGGAACCAUUCUGCACCACCUCCUCAGCAGGCAAGAACUGCCAGCAAUGGGAAGCAGAGGAGACAAAUUGCGUGGGCAAAUGCAAAUACUCAGCUUCCUGCAAGCGCACAGAACCUUUCCUGCAACCCACGAAAUACUCAAUUUCACAGCAAAGAUGUCCACCCCCUUCCGAAGUGCAGUAAAAAGAUGUUCCAUAUUACUGCCAACGUGGGAGCCGCCGGCGAUCCGAAGGCAUCCAUGGGCAGUUAUUCUCAGGCCUACGGAACCAUCUGCCAGUCUGCACUGCAGAGUCUUCCGAUACCAAACUCCUCCCAGGCACACGAGGAGCCAAUAUGGAAGAGAUCAAACCAGGCCUCGUCAGCCCCCUGACGGAGCCGGGAACAGCAGCCGGGAGCUCAGCAAGAAAGGCACAUGAGGUUGUCCCAGCUGAGCAGGAGGUCACUGCUUGGAACAUCGUUCUGCUUUCCCGGGGACAAACAGCAGGGAAAUGAAUCCUUUCGCCUUCCGACCUUCCCAGCUGUUUGCUCCCACACCACGAGAGUUCUGUCCGUAUUCCUUAUUUUCACCGCUGCAGAAAUCGCAGAGGGCUGCAGUGCUCCCGCACUCGGCUGUCCUCAGGCUAUUCGCAUCCUUGCUCAGAGGCUCUGCCUCAACCCAGGCCUUUUUCGAGCAGAACAAUUAACUGCCUGCUUCCUGAAGGCUGAACUCCUCAUCUUCAUCUUGAAGCCCUUCGUUUUAUGUCACACUAAUUGAUAUAUGACUCUCUCAGGGCCAGCGAAUGAGCCUGAAUAAGCAAAACCAGCGAUGAUUACUUUCAGCGCCAUCGAGUAGAAAAGCCUCUGAAGUACGGUGGGCUCUGCCAGGUACUCAGUGCUCCACUACCCUGGAUUCUCAGCAUAAGCUCCGCAACAACAAACCUUCCGUGUUGCACUACAGAAGAAGCGCGUGGUUUAGCGGCUGUUUGCAGUCUGUUGAAGGGGAACACAGAGGAUGUCUGUUCAGUAAGGUGAUGGCAGCUUUCCUUUCAGAAAGCAGGAGAUGCCGUCGCUGCAGCAUCGCGAAGCUGCCACCGGGCAGCAGUGGGACAGCAGUGUCACAUCCCGUAGUUUUCACUGUCCUUUACACACACUGCAUUUUGAAACUGGUCAAAUGCUGGUUCUUUAUACAUUCUUCUUAUUUAAUUUCUAUAGGUCUCCCUCCCUGAAAUUGUGCUUCGCUUGUGAGAAGGCAGGGUUGUUAGCUUUGGAACUAUGGUUAAAGGGGGGAUUCAGGCAACAAACUGCAAAAUGUGAGUAGUGCUGCCAUUGACAGCUUGUCCAUUUUGUGUUUUAGUACCCAGACACCAAGGUCUGUGGUUAAAAUAAAAAGAAAAUACACAUUUACUUUUAGUAUCCAGUCUGGUCACCUGAGUCUGGUAGGGAGUUGGAAAUGCAGCUAUAUAAAAUCCCAUUCAUAAAAUAGGGAAUUCCUGCUAUCUCUGAACAGGUGAUACAGCAAAGGGCAGGGAGAGGUCUGUGCAGGGAGGGUCCUACACAGCGUGCUGACUCUUGUAGCCCAGGCUGCCAGCUCUCAUUCGCUGCAGCAGGAGCCUGGUGCUUAUGUCAGGGCUGUGAGUCCACUGCAAGGGCAGCACCAGCAUCUCAGUCUCUUCCAGCCUCGGCGGUUCUGUGAUUCUAUGAUCCAAUGCUCACUGUGAACAAGUCUCAGGCUGAGAGGUGAUGGACUGUAGCACCACCUUUGUAACAGUCUUAGGAUGGCUUUUGUCAUCACCAGCUGAAUUAUUCAGCUCUAUGGAGAAAGACUGAGGGGUCCUGAUGGAUGAAAGCAGGACGUAGAAUGGCCUGGGUUGAAAAGGACCACGAUGCUCAUCUGAUUCCAACCGCCUGUGUGCAGGGUCACCAACCAGCAGAGCAGGCUGCCCAGAGAACCCAAAGGGUGCCAUAGGGAUCCAUAGGG